CAUCUUGUCUAUAUUAAAUGAUGCUACGGCAGAAAAUAUAUCCAUAUUUAUAUCAUAUAUAGAGAAUAAUUUAAACAUAUAUAUUUUUUAACUUGCUGGAGAUCAGGGAAAAAUGGAGGAUUGGCCUCCUGGGUUUCGAUUCUAUCCGACUGAAGAAGAGUUGGUAUCUUUCUAUCUGCGUAACAAGAUAGAGGGAAGAAGAGGAGAUCUGAACCGCUUGAUUGAUCAGGUUAUACCUGUUGUCGAUAUAUAUGCUUACAAACCUUCGGAGCUUCCACGAUUUUCAGGAAAUCUGUGUCGCAAAGAUUCAGAGUGGUUUUUCUUUGUUCCAAUGCAAGAGAGUGAAGCUCGAGGAGGCAGACCUCGACGGCUGACGAGCACCGGAUACUGGAAAGCCACCGGCACUCCUGGAUUUGUUUACUCGUCCUCGACCGGCCGAUUAAUCGGCGGCAAACGGACGAUGGUCUUCUACAAUGGAAAAGCUCCAAGAGGAAGAAAAACCGAGUGGAAGAUGAACGAAUACAAAUUAGCUGUUGAAGCAGCAGAUCAUCAUCAUCAACCAGGUUCCGCCUCUCAGCCAACUGCUUCUACCUCCACUGGAUUACCUCGAAUGACGCUAAUGCAAGAAUUCAGCCUCUGCCGGGUGUACAAGAAAUCAAAAUGCUUGCGAUCAUUUGAUAGACGCCCAACUUCGGCAUUGAUCAUACAGAGGCCAAUGCCUGAUCAACAAACAGAUUCCUUCAAUCUCAGUUACGGUCAAAUGGCUUCAUCGGCUUCUAAUCAAAACCCUAAUCAAAGUGCAGAAACUAGUGAUAGUCAAGUGAUGGGCAUUGAUGAUUUGGAUUGGGAACAAUUGGCUAAUUUGGAAUUAACCGAUUGGCCUUUCAUCUAAUUGCAGUUCUUGAUUCAAGAUUAAGCAAGAAUGACUUAGCUCAGGAGCAGAUUUAUGCUGCAUCUAAUUAUAAUACUGAAAUAAUGGUUAGUUUAUGUAAUAUACUGAGCUCGGUAUCUAUGCUUGGAAUGACUAAAUUUAUAUUAAUGAUAAUUUUAAAAAUUUUUUAAUUU